GAGGGGCUUGUUCGGUUCAAGAGUCCGUUGCACUUUAGUUGGGUGGAAACAACUCGGCAUGGCUGGACUGUGUAGCAGAGUGAUCAGGGCUGGUCCCCUCUUUUCUGAGCACUUGUGUCCCCUCAAGGCGUUGUCCCAGGGGCCACUAAGGGCCCCUUUCAUCCCAUACAAGCAGGAGCAGAGUUCCAGAUGGGCCCCCCUGAGACCUUAUCACUCCUUGCCCAGGAGACCCCCGUCUGCAUUUCGGAAACUCCAGACUCCCACCAGCCGCAAGGCAUCCGGCACCACCAAGUUUAAUGUGCCCCCCAGCGCAGAGUAUGUGGCCCGACCAGCGGGGGUCUGUACCAUGAUGAGACUCCCCUACCAGGAGACUGCACUGGGGUUAGACGCUGCCUUUAUUGGGGUCCCACUGGACACUGGCACCUCAAACCGCCCCGGAGCAAGGUUUGGGCCGCGCCACAUCAGGGGGGAAUCCUCUAUGGUCAGACGCUAUAACAUCUCCACUGGAGCUGCCCCCUUUGAAUCUCUCAUGGUGGCCGACAUUGGGGACGUCAACGUGAAUUUAUAUGAUUUGAAGGACAGCUGUCGGAGAAUCCGCGAGGCCUACCAGAAGAUCAUGGCAGCCGGGUGCAUCCCUUUAACCCUGGGUGGGGAUCACACCAUCACGUAUCCCAUUCUGCAGGCGGUGGCUGAAAAACAUGGGCCCGUGGGACUGGUACACGUGGAUGCUCACACUGAUACUGGAGACACUGCCCUGGGGGAGAAGAUCUACCAUGGGACGCCAUUCAGGCGCUGCGUCGAUGAAGGACUCCUGGACUGUAAGAGGGUUGUACAGAUUGGGAUCCGGGGCUCCUCCUACAGCGCCAACCCCUAUGAUUUCUGCAGGGAACAGGGGUUCCGUGUGGUCCUGGCAGAAGACUGCUGGUUUAAAUCUCUGGUCCCACUGAUGUCAGAAGUGAGGCACCAAAUGGGAGACGGACCUGUGUACAUCAGUUUUGACAUUGACGGACUAGACCCUUCCUUCGCCCCUGGAACGGGAACCCCAGAAAUAGCCGGGCUCACCACAAGCCAGGCUCUGGAGAUCAUCCGCGGCUGCCGGGGGCUCAGUGUUGUAGGCUGUGACCUAGUGGAAGUGGCUCCAGUCUAUGACCAAACUGGCAACACCGCGCUGACCGGGGCAAACCUGCUCUUUGAGAUGCUCUGCGUUCUGCCCAAAGUCAAAGUCUACUGAUGAUUGAACCCGAAACGGACAGGAAAGUUGGUAGAAGGAAACUGUAGCUGCUACAUCUCAAACACUCGAGAAGAAAUAUAAAGAAACAAUGAUCACAAUCUUAUUAUCCAGUUCCCAUAGAUGUUAAAGGCGUCCGAAGAGACAAAAUGUCCGAUGGCUUCCGGUUUAUUAAAGGAUAAGUAAACCUUUUAAAGAAGUGAAUGUAAAAUUGAUGAGGGGGCUUUUCUAAGCACUUUUG